AUGAUUCUUGUUUUGGUACCGUGUUAUGGGCCCAAACUUCCAAGAUUCCCACCUCAAAUCCAACGAUUGUCAUGCGAGAUAACGCAUCACUUCACCAAAGUCCUUGGUGUUGACGUACUCGAUGAUGAAGUUGUAAAUAAGCGGGGUCGUUCGCCACCCUUGAAGAUGGUUGGGGCUACGAAUCUUUUUCUUGCAUCUGAUGAUGGAGAUGAGCGUGCUUUCAAAACGCAACGUCAAAAAUCAGCUGAGGAACGAAUAGGAAAUGUGAAAUUUGGUAGCUGGCAGAAGUGA